AUGAAGAGCCACGAAGGGGAUGUCGAUUCCCACCAGAGUAAAGUUGAUAUGAGCAGCGCCAGCUUCGACACUCAAAACAACGAAGGAUAUUCGAUACCAGGAUCGGUCAAGACCAACCUUGCUAUAGGCGAGCUGCUGUCGAAUAAGGGGGAAAGUCGAAACAAUGAUGGAAAGAAAGUUAACUUGUGCGGAACAGAGAUCAUAUUUACCGGAAUAACAGUGAGUAUGAGACAGAAAACCAUUCCCCAAGAGAGUGGUCGUGUCAAAGCCGAGUACAAUACCCAUGAUUCCCUCGAAGCAACCGUGAACGAGAUACAGCAGCUCUUGGAUCGCCGGUCAGUAGUAACUGUCAGGGUAUUGCUGGACUGGAUGGGCUCUACGAGUCUAACUGAUCUCGAAAGAGCUCUGCCGUUAUGUGGAUACAUGUUUGAAGAUGGUCCUUGGAAGAAGGCGUUGAUAAAAUUCGGCGUUGACCCAAGGACUGGGCCUAAGUUUCGGCAUUAUCAAACAGUCACCUUUGAGAUGGAUUUCGGCCCCAUUGUCGAACAAGGGAAACACGACUGGGCAAAGAAAGGAGAGCUUGCCUUCCCCAACUUGCUCAAAGCGGAUGAUAAUAUCCCUCAUGUUUUCAAUGGAACGAAAUUCGUGCCGGACGACAACACUUGGCAGAUCUGCGACCUUCACGAUGCUCUUCUACGGCGCAUCGUAUCAACAAGUGAUAUUCGCCCGGAAGUCAACCAUAAAGACGGUUUCCUCUGGAACGGAACGAUGGCCAAACUGGAAGUGAUCAUGCGCGACAAGCUUGUGUGCAUAAGGGACGGUGGUACACCAAGUGACGAGGACUACGUGUACUUUCUGUCUUUCCCAGACAGAUAUCAACCACCAACCGGGCGUGAUUAUUUUAAAUAUGGCUUGGACUUUGGACAGCAAUAUACCCAGAAGCAGGCGUAUCUGAGAGGCAGGAUAGUGAACAGGGCAAGAAAAAGUGCGGCCUGA